ACUGCUUCCAUGUGAGGUUUGUAGGUUAUAUUUUUCUAACCUUUGAAUCUAGUGUUCCUUGUUUUGUUUGUUAAUUCCUUCAAAAUGGUUAAAAAGAGUAAUUGGAAGUCAGUAACUAUCGAUGCAACUGGUAACUUUGAGGGACUUCUGGGCAUAGAAGAAUGCACAGACUAUAAUAUUUCCAGUUUCUCCAAGAAAAAGUACAAAAAGAGGACAAGAGAAGAGGAUUCAGACGGUGUUCCAAAGAAGAAAAUUAAGAACAACAAUGCAGAGAAUUCCAAUGACGAAAACAAUAAAAUUGAAGAGGAAGCAGAGAAAGAAAUUAUGAAGGGAAAGAAAACAAUGCAGCAGAAUUUAAAGAAAGACAAGAAAAAGAAUAAUAAGAAAGUAAUUGAACCUUUGGAUAGUAAGAAUUUAGAAGAAUCUAAAGGGGAAAACUCUGAAAAUGAGAGUGAAAAAGAAAUAUCUAAUUCCAAGAAAAAUGCAAAGAAAGGCAAUAAAAAGAAGAAGAAGAAGAGGGGUAAGAAAGGGAAGAAGCCUGUAAAAGUUGAUAAUAAAGAAGAUGACGAUCAGGAAACUUUGGAGAAAGAGGACAUUGUUAAAGAGGAGGUGAACAUGGAUUUGUGGAAUAUUGUGCCACUUCCUCAACCUGUUCUUGAUGUUUUGGCAUCUAAAAAAUUCACUCAACCCACUGAAAUCCAAACGUUAACUUUGCCUGCUGCCAUUUUAGGUUACAGAGAUAUAUUAGGAGCAGCAGAAACUGGAAGUGGAAAGACACUGGCAUUUGGCCUUCCCAUUAUAAGUGGUAUUUUGAGAAUGAAGAAAAAACUUGCUGAAGAAGAAUCAGAAAGUGAUAAUGGUAUGGAAGAAGAUGAAAAUGAGAUAGAAUUAGAAGAGAAUGAUGAUAGUGAAGCAGAGUCAGAUGAAAAUGAAGCAGAAUCUGAAAUUGAAGAUAGUGAAAGAGAAUCUGAAAAUGAAGAAUGUGAAGUAGAAUCUGCAAAUGAGGAAUGUGAAGCAGAAUCUGAGGACAAUGAAGAUUAUGAAGCAGAAUCUGAUGAUAAUGAAGAAAGUGAAGCUGAUGAGAAUGAAAGUGAAGAAGAAGAGGUUGAAAAUGAAGAUUCUGAAGAAACAACUAAUGGUAUAGGAUGUGUGAAAGUUAUAGAUGACAUCGACAUUCCUGGUAUUCAAUUGCCGAAGAAGAAACGCAAGAAUCCAUUAUAUGCAUUGAUUCUAACGCCAACCAGGGAAUUGGCAGUGCAGAUUAAGAAUCAUUUGCUUCCAAUUGCAAAGAGCGUGGGCAUUCAACUCGGUGUAGUGAUUGGUGGAAUGGCAGCAGUGAAACAAGAGAGGGUGUUGAGCAAAGGACCGGAAAUUGUUAUUGCAACGCCCGGACGUCUUUGGGAAACGAUCCAACAGAACAACGAGCAUUUAAUGAACUUGGAUGAAAUCAAGUUCUUAGCAAUCGACGAGACCGAUCGUAUGUUAGAGAAGGGUCACUUCCAGGAGCUACACGAUAUUCUUCUAAAAAUCAAUGGCGAUGGCAGUAAUAAGCAGACGAGACAGAACUUUGUCUUUUCUGCUACCCUUACCUUGAUCCACGAGCUUCCUUCGCACAUCAAGAAGAAGAACAAAUGGAGCGCAAAGAAGACAGUGGAGAUGACACCAGCGCAAAAAUUGAAGAAGGUCGUCGAUCAAUUGGGAAUCACCAAUCCGAAAAUUGUCGAUAUCACCAAAGGCACAGGAACAUCGAGUACUCUAACUGAGUGCAAGAUUUCCUGCACGAUAGAUGAGAAAGAUUACUAUAUGUACUAUUUCUUGAAGAGGCAUCCGGGAAGGACGUUGGUCUUUUGCAAUUCUAUUGGAUGUGUUAAGAGGUUGCACACUUUAUUCGAAAUGCUCGGAUGCAAACCGUUAUCUUUGCACGCGUCCAUGCAGCAAACACAAAGACUGAAAAAUUUGGAUAGGUUCAGAGAUACCGAAAAUAGUGUAUUGAUAGCAACGGAUGUUGCUGCAAGAGGAUUGGACAUUCCUUCAGUGCAACACGUUAUUCAUUACCAAACGCCUAGAACGAGCGAGAGCUAUGUGCAUAGAUCCGGUAGAACUGCGAGGGCUUCGAAAGAAGGCAUAACGAUUCUUUUAGUCGAAAUCACCGAAGUCCAUCAUUACAUUAAUCUGUGCAAGACGCUGGGAAAAACCGAAGAUAUUCCUAUCUUUCCUGUAGAGAGGAAAUAUUUCGAAGCGGUGAAGGAGCGUGUUAAUCUUGCGCGAAACCUCGACAAAUUAGACUUGAAAGUGAGGAAGAGCACGGCCGAAGUGGGCUGGUUCGAGAAGGCAGCAAAAGAGAUGGAUAUGAUCAUCGAUGAUAAAGCGAUGAAGUACGAUCUGAUGGAUUCGAACAAGUUGAAGAAGGAAUGCAACGGUAUGAGAAAGAAUUUGAGCUCUUUGUUGAACCGACCACUCUUUCCCGACGAGUAUCGACUGAGCGAGGUGCAGCAAGGCUUACAAAUCAAAGCAGUCCUUCAGAAUCAGAUGUACACGAGGAGCGCAAUCGACGUGAUGAAAGAUGCGAUAGUCAACAAAAAGUUGAAGGAUCAGAGGAAAAUCCCCAAAUCUAUGUUCAAGAAGGCGAAGAAGGAGCACGAGGUGAUCCUUCCGAAGCAACUGCUCAAGAAGACCGAGGACAAGGGAAGCAAAAAAGGAAAAAAUAACAGAAACAGAAAGAAGAAUAAAAAUUGAGUAAUUUAUUACAAUUACAUUUGUUGAGAUAACAGUACUUCGUUUCACUUUUAAAUAUAAUAAUAUAUGUAUAUAUAUUUCAAGAAUACAAGCCAACGUAAUAAAUUGAU